ACUCCUCCCAGCGACUCCUUCCCUUUCAAUUCCUUUGAUAAAUAGCUUCCCCUCUAAUGGCUUUUGCUCUGGAAACUGCACCUCCUAACUCCUGCCAGAGACAGUUCUCCCCAGCAUGAGCGCUGUCCCGCUCCCCUCGGCCAGGACAGCAGGUCUUCCCCUUAGCUUCUUGUUUCUGCUUUCCUUCUGGGUAGACCGAGGUGUGGUAGCUAAGGAGCUGAAGUUUGUGACAUUGGUAUUUAGGCAUGGAGACCGAAGUCCCAUCGAAACCUUUCCUAAUGACCCCAUCAAAGAAUCCUCAUGGCCACAAGGAUUUGGCCAACUCACUCAGCUGGGCAUGGAACAGCAUUAUGAACUUGGACGGUAUAUAAGGCAAAGAUAUAGAAAAUUUUUGAAUGAGUCCUACAAACGUGAACAGGUUUACAUUCAAAGCACAGACGUUGACCGGACUUUGAUGAGUGCUAUGACAAACCUUGCAGGCCUAUUUCCCCCAGAGGGUAUCAGCAUCUGGAAUCCCAGCCUACCAUGGCAGCCCAUCCCGGUGCACACAAUCUCUCUUUCUGAAGAUCGGUUGCUGUACCUGCCUUUCGGGGACUGCCCUCGGUUUAAAGAACUUAAGGAUGAGACUCUCAAAUCGGAGGAAUUCCAGAAGAGGCUGCAUCCUUAUAAGGAUUUUAUAGAAACCUUGCCAACAUUUACAGGAUUCCAUACCCGGGACCUUUUUGGAAUGUGGACUAAAGUCUAUGACCCUUUAUUUUGUGAGAGUGUUCACAAUUUCACUUUACCCUCCUGGGCCACAGGGGACACCAUGACUAAGUUGAAAGAAUUAUCAGAAUUGUCCAUCCUGUCUGUCUAUGGAAUUCACAAGCAGAAAGAGAAAUCUAGACUGCAGGGGGGUGUCCUGGUCGGUGAAAUCCUCAAUCACCUGAAGAGUGCAACUCGGCCAUCAAACCACAGAAAACUUGUCAUGUAUUCUGCACAUGAUACUACCGUGGCUGGCUUGCAGAUGGCACUAGAUGUUUACAAUGGAAUCCUUCCUCCCUAUGCUUCCUGCCACAUAAUGGAAUUGUAUCUUGAGAAUGGGGAGUAUUUCAUAGAGAUGUACUAUCGGAAUGAGACCCAGCACAAACCAUAUCCCCUCACACUGCCAGGCUGCACUCCCAGCUGUCCUCUGACCAAGUUUGCUGAGCUGGUUGCCCCUGUGAUCCCCCAAGACUGGUCCACGGAGUGUAUGACCACAAGCAACGACCAAGCCCUGGAAAAUCCAUGUUACUUUUGAAGAAACCAAAAGCAAAUUUGCCAGAAAAUUUUGCUGUAUAUAAUAUAUAUGGCAGCUCUUGGAGAGCAGACAUCCUGGCAAAUAAGUAAUUUGGUGAGAGCACAAUGUUUAGGCACAACCAUCAGAGAUGAGUACCCUGCAUGAGUGGUUUCUCUUGGAAGAUGGUAAGACAUGUUGAAUGUGGAGUUGAUUUGGGAGAGGAAGUAUGAUACAUAUCAAACUGGAACAAAAUUAGAAAUGUAAGAGCGUUCCUGAAUGCCUUCAAGAUCAAAACUUACCGGAAUGUUGAAAAGUAUGGCUGUGAUAGCUGUUCUGAGGACGAAAGGAACGUGUAAGGUUUUGAUCCCGAUUAUCUUCAGAAAACCUAAGCAAACUCCUGGCCCUGCUGAAACUACUCACUAUGCAAGAAGAAAUCAUAUUCAAAUGGCACUCUUUAGAGUCUUGUAGAUUUGCCAUGUGGCAGAUGUAACACGCCUAGCGAACACUGUGCUACGUUACCAUUGUAGAAAAAGAUGAAAUGUUUUCUAGAGAUGGUUUCCGCUGGGCGCCAGAGUCCAGAGGAAAAACCAUUCCCUCUCCCAGUGAGUCAUUGAACGACUGACUUGAGACACUGAUUCAUAUAUUUAUUUGCAUUAUUUUUUCCCAAGGCAAUAUUUGUCCCCAGGGCUGCUCUCUGAUUACUCUUCCUCCCCCAUGCAUGUAACUUUCCUCCACAAUAAGACAAAUGUAAACUAGUGAAUAAAGUCAUUAGUAGGGAGUUCAAAAACAUUACUUUUAAAAUGA